AUGGCUGGGACUGUCUUGGGAAAGCGCUCUCGCGCUGAAGAAGGAUUGCCGGUGCGCACCGCAAGCAAGCGCCGAACAAUUGCCCCCCGAUCCCGCAAAGAAUCUCCUCCCGCUCAGCCACUACGACGGACGAGGUCGACUGUAAAAAAGGCUGUUGAACAAUCCGAUCAAGAGAACAGCAAAGAGAACACUGUCUCAGAUGUUUCCAAGCACACCCUCCCAGAUGACGAGCCGCGGUCUCCAGUCAAACGUAAGACACAUCUGCAAGUCCCAGAAUCAGUGGACGAAGAACCUACAAAGCCCGCCGAAUUCAAGACACCUUCGAAAUCACGAUUCCGAGAUGCCUUACCACACUCUCCGGUCACACCCAGACAUCGGGUUCAAGUGGGCGCAAAGGCUUUAACGCCGCGGACUCCCCGCCAUGCAGAUCUUCCGCCGACCCCUCGACAGAGUGCCACUCCGACGAUCACGCAGCAAACCGUGUACUCUCAAGCAAGACAACUGUUCGCUCGGGGUGCUACCUCCGGUCGCUUAGUGGGACGAGACGCAGAGAGAGAGAAGUUGGUCUCUUUCAUCAAAGAGGGUGUGGAAACGCGCAAUGGAGGCUGUCUUUACGUCAGUGGUCCUCCUGGCACCGGAAAGAGUGCCAUGGUCCAGGAAGUAUGCGCGGACCUCGACCUUUCGGAAGUACGAGUGUCGCAUGUCAACUGCGCAAGCAUGCGAAUGUCGAGAGACGUCUACAGCAAGCUCGUCCAAGAUUUCUGCGAGGACACGGAUGUGUUCAAGAAGAGCGAGGCGGAUCGUUUGAAGUCCAUGUUCAUUCCGUCCAAGAAAGCAAAGGAUAUGUUCUUGGUCACCCUGGAUGAGAUUGACCACUUACUUAAUGGAGAUUCUGGAGUGUUGCAGUCUCUGUUUGAGUGGUCCUUGCUUAAUAACUCUAAACUGAUGCUCAUCGGUAUCGCUAAUGCCCUGGAUUUGACCGACCGUUCCCUCCCACAACUCAAGGCCAAGAAUCUGAAGCCUCGCUUGCUACCAUUCUUGCCGUACAGCGCAACAUCUAUCGCGAAUGUUAUGACCAAUCGUCUUCGAUCAUUGCUCCCUCCGGGGACAGAGUCCGACCCAAAGCUUGUUCCAUUCGUUCAGCCGGCUGCCAUCCAGCUUUGCUCGAAGAAGGUAGCUUCUCAGACAGGUGACUUGCGAAAGGCUUUCGAGCUCAUCAAGCGGGCAAUCGAUGUCAUUGAACAGGAGACUUUGCAAAAGCUGGAGAAGCAAGCCAAGGAGUCUGAUAAUGUAUCGAUCCUGGCGGAAAACACCAAUCUUUCAUCGCCCGUCAAAGGAGGUGCUGCCCCGAAGCCAACGUCAAUAUCAAGCUACACAGUCAUCACGGCGCCCAGAGCCAGCAUCGCGCAUAUUGCCCGCAUUACUUCCGCGGCCUUCGGUCAGGGCACUGUCCAAAGACUUCAAAGUUUGAACCUGCAGCAAAAAGCUGCAGUCUGUUCCUUGAUCGCACUUGAACGGAAACGUCGCCAGUUUGAGGUCCCAAGCACACCGUCAAAGUCGCGGUCUUCAGCACCCACUGUGAAACAAGCUUUCGACACGUACUGUACGUUGUGCCGCAAUGACAACAUCCUCCACCCUCUGACUGCCACCGAGUUCAAGGAUGUUCUCAGCAAUUUGGAAACCAUGGGCUUGGUUGGUGAGUACCAGGGCCGUGGCCGCGGUGGAACUGUGGCUGGCGGCACAGAUAUUCGUCGUACACCUUCCAAGUCUGGCCAUGCUCCUUCAACACCACACAAGGCGCUAGACGAACAAGGUCUUGUUUGCUUCGUCUCCCAGAAGGAAAUUGAGAGUCAGAUUGUCGGACCUGGCGAGGGAAUUCUUCGGCGUCUUCUUCGUGGCGAGGGAAUCUGA